UCUUGUUUUUACAUUGAAAUGCACAUGUAAACACAGUAUUCUAGGAAUCGCUUUUUAAUACAAUUAGACAAUCAGUUCUGUUAUCUUGAAUGAUAACUUCUUGCAAAAACGUGUUUUCACUUGAGAUGUAUUUGUGCUAAAAAGGCUGAAGCCAGUCAAGAUUAGGAACUUGGCGUUGAUGUUCCUCAAACAUGUUACGGAACAUUUUUCAAUCUGCCAGGAAAGUUGCUGUGCCCCGAGCUACGAGAUUACAUUAUCCAAGUCUAUACAGUGAUAAAGCAGAUGAUAAACAUGAGCCAAAGGAAACAGACGAAAAUUAUUGGGAAACGGAUGUUGAGCCGGAAGACCCGAUCUCCAGGACCGCCAGAGUCAUGGGAAAGCAGAUGAGAGAAAUUAAACAGAAGGCCAUGUUUUGGAAAGAACCAAUGAAUGUUAAUAUCGACGAAUGGGAUAUUGAUUCAACCUAUUAUCCUUCCCACGUCGAUGUUGUGGUAGUUGGAGGUGGUGCAAUUGGAAGCUCAGUGGCUUACUGGCUGAAGCAAAUGUCGAAUGGCGCAUUAAGCGUCGUCGUCGUUGAGAAGGACCCGACGUACUCGAAGGCCUCCUCAGUACUGUCUGCUGGUGGACUUCGUCAACAAUUUUCCCUCGAAGAAAACAUAGAAAUGUCCUUAUACGGAGCUGAAUUUCUUCGUACGAUAAACGAACAUUUACAAGUACCAAAUGAACCAAAGAUUGAUGUUCAGUUUCAUCCAUAUGGAUAUUUAAUGCUUGCCUCUGAAAAUGGAGCAGAAGAUCUCAUAAAAAAUUCUAAACUCCAAAAUUCGAAAGGAGCUAAAAAUAUUAUUUUAACUGCUGAAAAAAUAAAAGCACAAUUUCCCUGGAUGAACACUGAGGGAAUCGCCCUGGGAUGUCUAGGACUUGAGAAGGAAGGCUGGUUUGAUCCUUGGUGUCUUCUCUCCGCAUUUAAGAAGAAAGGAAUCAGCCUGGGUGUUGAAUAUGUCAAUGCUGAGGCGAAAGGCUUCAUCUUUAGAAAAAAUAGUCAGGUUAUUGUGUCAGGAACGGGAUAUGAUCGAUAUCAGGGCCUCAAUCAUAUUGUGGUUAAAACCGAAAAUGAUGAGAAAAAAGUUAUACAGUUUGCACUUUGUAUUAUUGCUGCUGGUGCACACAGUGGAGAGGUUGCCAAAAUGGCGAAAAUUGGAUGUGGACCUGGAAUACUCACUGUACCGCUUCCUGUUGAACCCAGGAAACGAUACAUCUAUCAUUUUCACGCACCAGAGGGACCCGGGCUAAACACUCCAAUGACAAUUGAUCCUUCGGGCACCUGGUUCAGACGUGAGGGUCUUGCCAACCACUACAUAUGUGGUAGAUCCCCAACAUGUGACGCAACCGAGCCCUGCACUGACAAUCUAGACGUAGAUGAAGAUUUCUUCGAAAAAAAUAUAUGGCCCUUGCUGGGUGAUCGAGUCAAGUCCUUCCAGAACUUAAAAAUCAAGUCCUCCUGGGCGGGUUAUUACGACUACAACAAAUUCGACGAGAAUGGAAUAAUUGGUGCACAUCCUCUGUUCAAUAACCUGUACUUUGCUUGUGGAUUUAGUGGACAUGGAAUUCAACAGGCGCCAGCUGUUGGAAGAGCAAUAGCUGAGUUGGUCUGUCAUGCAGAAUUUAGGACGAUACAAUUAGACUCAUUUUCAUUUGAUAGGCUCAUAUCGCUAGAACCGAUGCAAGAAGUAAAUAUUAUUUAAUCAAUUAAGCCCAGUGUUGUCGUAGGGACUCCUGCGAAUGUCGUUUUUCGAAUAUAUUAAAAAAUGAUAGGAUCGAUCGAUUGGAAAAUGAGAAAUUGCGGAAACUCAGUGAACUGGGGUUUGUGUUUCUGAUAGACAUUUCUGAUGAUUUAAGAAAGUUACUUUAAUGUAUAAAGAGAUCAGGUGCUUUUGCCAUUUGAAAAUCAUCGAUGAAUGUGAAAUCAUAAUUGUUCAGUCGAAUGUACGUGUCAGAUACAUUUUAACCCUAUUCUGCUGUCAUUUGACUGAUAUUGUCAACGUCCUAAGGCCUCACUUGGGUCGAAAAAGCAGAAUUUGUCGUGCGUUUUUAAACGUAAAUAAAUCAGAAUUUUCAGCGAAUCAGGGAGACAAGUAACAAUUUUUUAACAAUGCUGAUGUUCAAUAUUUAUUGAUCAAUCGCAGAGAUCGUUCAAAAGCAGGAAAUUCUUUUCUGAAAUUUACUAAGUUAUGUAAUGGAGGGAUCACAGGCCCUGGGAUUCUCGAAAAUGUAUAAGUUUAUGAAUUUGUGUUAGAUCUAUUGUGAAGAUAUUUGCCGGAAUUUGAUUGAUAAGAAAUAUCGUUGGAAAGUUAUCUCAAGAUCAAUUGCGUUGCUGUUUAGUGCACGACCAGACCAGUCACCGCUCUGAAGGGGAUAAUAAUCUUGUUUCACUUUUGUAAACAUCAGUUUAAUCAGUUCGAAUAAACCUGUUAUUUUUUGUUGA